AUUUGCAGUGCUCAUUCAUUCGUUCAUUCACAUGCAAUUGCAAUUCGUGUUUUAAUUUGUUAAUUUCGAAGUUAAUAAUUAUCAAAUUGUUAUAUAUAUACCUUCCAAUUGUAAAUACAUUUCCGGCAAAGUGGCGUGUAUAAAUCAAAUUGAAAUAUGCAUUUAGGUGGUGUUUUAUAUGUCUAUAAAGGAGAAUGGGGUCUGCCGUCCAUCGACUUCGAUUGCCUACGAGCGUUGUGUCUGGUUAAAUUUACGCGCUGCCCUCUACAAAUCGACACGAAUGCCAAUCCCAUGCGCUCUAGCACGGGGAAACUACCUUACCUCCAAAUUGGCAAUAAAAGAUUCUGUGGAUACAGACAAAUCAAGAAAGUGCUAGACAAAGAGGGUUAUCCAGUCGAUGCUCAUCUACAAGAAGAACAGAAACUACUUUCACCCGCAUAUGCCAAUUGGGUAUUCACUAAUCUUCAUUCAUACUAUCAUUAUUUUAUGUAUGGCGAACCAAACAACUUCGAUACCACACGCAGUCUAUAUGCAAAACGUACAACGUUCCCGUUUAAUUUCUUCUACCCAAGCAGUUAUCAGCGGGAGGCGUGUGACAUUGUCAUGGUAAUGGGCGGUUUUGAUCCGCGUGAUAAGCUCGAAAAUCAUGACCGUGACUAUCUCACCACGAAUGCCAAAAAAUGUGUCAAUCUCUUAUCAAAAAAGUUGGGGAGAAAAGUAUGGUUCUUUGGCGAUUUCUUCAGUGAAUUCGAUGCUAUUGUUUAUUCGUACUUAGCUAUUCUUUUUAAAGUAACACUGCCCAAUAAUCCACUACAAAAUCACAUAAAAGGCUGUCAGAACUUAGUGAAUUUCAUCAAUCGUAUAACAAAAGACAUCUUCAGAAAUGAGGGUUUCAAUUCACUCAAAACCUUAAGAAGUCAGUCAUCCAAUGACCCAUUACUAACAGCUACUGAGCGACAUUUCUUGGAGUCUGAGAAGAAGACAAAAAUCUUGGCUGCAAUUGGCGCCGUCGUUGCAAUGGGUACUUUUGCUGCUUGGCGUGGUGUCUACAAACAGUUCUCCAGUUCGAGACGUUAUUACAAUGAUUUGGUGUAUGAAGAUGAUGAAGCGUUAGAAGACGAUGAAAUGGAUUAACUACCAAAAAA